UUUCUCCGCCACACACCGGACACCGAGUUGCGCAACGCACUUCUGCACUCCUCCGCCGCUUGCACGCGCGCACGCGGUGAAUUCUCAAGCCAAAACGCGCACGUUCUCGGGGCGGGUGGUGCUCUGUUUUUCUACCGUCGGGCGGGUGGUGCCCAGUCUCUCUCUCUCUCUCUCUCUCUCUCUCUCUCUCUCUCUCUCACGACGCGCGCGGAUCCGCAGACAGAUUAGAGAUCAGAAGCAGAUCAGCUCACGGACGCGAAGUGAGCGCGGAACGGAGAGGCAGAGGAGCGGAGAGGAGCACGAGCGCGGCGGGCGAAAGGCGUGGAUGUUGGAGCGCGUGCAGCCGAGCGGCGGCUCGCGCUCUGAUGGUGCUGAGGAGAGGAGACGGACCGUCAACCACCGAAGCUUCACUUUCUCUGCUCAUAUGAACAGCACCAUUGUGGCAUCUGGCAGGGUGAAGGACAGCAACUCCUGUGUGAUUUUACAUCAAUAUUUCAGAAACCUGUAAUGGGUUCAUGGCUGCUCUGAGAGAUGCUGUGGGCGGACUGUAAAGUGCUGGAGGCGGUGAGAGGGAGACGGGGGUCACGUCGGGGGUCUCGGCCGAAGCUUUCCUGCUCCUUCUGGUUUGUUCUGCUGUUUGGAGCUGGAGGUUUGGUCCUCUUCAUCCACCUACAGGAUCUAUCAGAUAUGGUGCUUCAGCAGGGACCAGGGGUUGAAUUUAGUGGCAUGACACGGCAGACGAGGGAGGAACUGUGUGCCCAGCAGGAUAAUGACAUUAAAGGUGGUUCUACAGUGGUUCGGUCAAACAGACAGCGCAGACCAGAUGAGCCAAGCUCUGAUAACUCCAUCUCCCCCAUGCAGUUUCCUGCCUUCGAGUGGAACAAACCAAAUCAAGCUUCUCAGAGGAUCACCAAACGCCACCGGAAACUCCUGAAGACCAGCACAGUGACCCGUCCUUUGUCUAAUUCUUCCUCAUCCUUCUUUUCCUCCUCCUCAUCAUCAUCACACACCACAUCUGAGAGCUGGAAGCGACUCUCCCGUAUCCAGGAGGCUCGUCGUCGCAUAAUCAAGGAAGUGUGUGCCAAAUACCGGAGCAACAUUUCACGAACGAUAACGCCACACCAUGUGUCUCGCAUUUAUGUAGAGGACAGACACAAACUGCUCUAUUGCGAGGUGCCCAAGGCAGGCUGCUCCAACUGGAAGCGGGUGUUGAUGGUGCUUGCUGGUGUUGCUUCCUCCACAGGAGAGAUAAACCAUGAUGCCGUCCACUACAGCAACCAUUUAAAGAGGCUGGACAGCUUUGAUCGCCGAGCCAUCACCGAGCGCCUUCGCUCCUACACCAAGGUCCUGUUCGUCCGCGAGCCGAUGGAGCGACUCGUCUCAGCCUUCAGGGACAAGUUUGAAAGCCCCAACUCGUACUACCACCCAGUGUUCGGAAAACCCAUCAUCUCCAAGUACAGGGUGAACGCAUCCAAAUCGGCACUCAGGACUGGAAGCGGCGUCACCUUCCAAGAGUUCAUCCGCUACCUGCUGGACGUCCAUCGUCCUGUAGGCAUGGACAUACACUGGGAACCGGUCAGCCAGCUCUGCAGCCCGUGUUUGCUCGACUACGAUUUUAUCGGCAAGUUUGAGACUCUGGAGGAGGAAGCCAACUUCCUGUUGCGCAGGACGGGAGCUCCGAAAAACCUCACCUUCCCCACCUUCAAGGACAGGAACCCUGAAGCUGCCAGGACUUCCACGCAGAUCACGCGGCACUAUUUUACACAGCUCAAUGCCUCGGACAGGCAGAGAGCCUACGACUUCUACUACAUGGACUAUCUGAUGUUCAACUACUCCAAACCCUUUGAAGACUUGUAUUGACAAAUCGGUGACACGUUUUGGUUGUCGUUGUCUUGGCUGUCAUUGUAAAACUGUCAGAAAUUGAGGGUGUAUAAAAAGUAAAGACAUUUAUAUAUUAUUAACUCACGCUAACUGCUCAAACUGCUGCAUCAUAGCAUUAACUCAUAAAAAAAAAUAACACUGAUGGGACUGAGACAGAUCAAUCUGAUCUGAACUUCAAAUACAUCAAAAAGUCCUGAAACAGACGGAUUCUCCCUUUAUAGAUCUAUUCCCUCUUAACCAUUUCAUCGUAUAAACGUAACGUCCCUCUCUUUAGAGCGCACACUGUCACGACUUAAAGUAUAAACCUAACUGUAAUAUUCCGUUUUGUAAAAAGGGCAUUCAGAGGAUUAUAUAUUUUUCUAUGUAUUUGUAUAAGUAUGGCUUUAGGGUUAGAUGUGUGUCUGUGUGUGUGUGUGUGUGUGUGUCUGUGUGUGUGUGUGUGAGAGAGAGACAUAAUUGGCCUGGUGUCAAAUUGACAGACUCAUUUUAGGCAACAGAUAACGUUACGCUUAGUCCAAUGUGAAGUGGGUCGGACCAAAACACACUUUAGCGACCAACAACAGCAACCAUUACCGACAACUCCGCCUAAAUGUGCAAGUGUGCAAAUGUGUGUGUGUGUGUGUGUGUGUGAAGCGAGUGGCUCUGUCAUUUGCAAAUUUAUUAACGAAUAACCCAUAUGAGCGUUGUAAUUGCAUAUGUAUCCACCCCACCCCCUUACUGUGAAUCCCCUAAAUUUGGUUCUUUUGGAAAAAGCAUCAGUUUUUCUAGCUUGAAAUUGAAUGAAGAAUUCAGUCUUUAGCACAUUUUAUACAAGUAGCUGAGUUUAUUGCACUCUGCAUCACCCCCUAGUGGAAUUAUCCGAGCUGAAAUAUUCCAAAUUAACAUCAGUCCUCCUGGAGACUUUAAAUUAAACAGAUUUUAUUAGUGGUCGUCAGUUUGGGACGCAGCCCACGUUUUGAACAUUUUAACACCCCUGGCAUAAGAAAUUCAACUAAUUUUGCCCUCAUAUGGUUUAAUUUCCACGUUCUUGAAUUGGUGUUUAACCUCCACGUCUUGUGUAGAGCUCAUGAAUUGGUAAUCCAAGACCAAAAAAAUAAAAAAUAAAAAACUGUACCUGAAGUGAUAAAACAGUGUUAUAAACUAUGUAAUAACCCUGCUGUUUAUUUCCCCCUCUUGUUGUUUUUCCUUUUGUUUUGUGGCUGAUCUUCAUUCCAUUGCUGUGUAUAACAAGAUUAUGAUAUUUUUUUAUUGAUGUUAUUUUUUAAAAAAAGAAAAAAGAAUUCAAGGUAACGCUAAAGAGAUACAGAGCUUUAUGGUAUAUGGGUGUAGAUUAAAAUUAUUAUAACAGAUUGCUAUAAAUACAGAUGUCUUGCUGUAUAAGAACGUUGCGAUACACAGAUGUGUGUGUGUUUUAUGAGCAGCGUGUCCAAGCCCAAAUGUACUCAUGUAGUGUAUCGGAUGCCGUGUGUGGAACCCCAGAUCGCUCCUUCUUUUCUUCCUCCACUGAACAUCUGUAUGAAGAUGAUGGUACAGUGAAUGUAAAUGUGCUUUUUUUCCAGUACAGACAUGUACAGAUGUGUCAUCUGAUGCCCUUUGCCUUAUUUUUACACUGCCAAUGAAGCGGCGUGAAUCAGGAAGACAUUCUUCAGGUGGUGAAGCUCUUGCUCUCUCUCUGUCUCUCUCUCUCUCUCUGACUCUCUCUCUCUAUCUCUCUCUCUAUGUUGAGUGUCUAUGAAUAAAUAUUUAUGCAUUUAUCUUUUA